AUGACUUAUCAGCCAAGCGAAUACAGUUGCAUGUAUCAGCAAUGUUUAAUUGACUACUAUUUCCCGCGGCCCCUUCUGCCGUCCGUAGGCCAUCGGACGGCCCACAGCAGCCGCGGGGGAACCCGAUGCUUUGCGGCGCCCUCGCUGCCCCUCGCCCGCCCUUGCUGCGGCUGCAGCUCGCUCCGCGACGCGCCGAAAAACAGCCGUUACUACCGCACUCCUCGCUGGGUGUCUCUGGCUGGCUGGCUGGCUGGCCUGCGCGCCUUGCCGCCCGCCGCGCGGCUCGCUACUCCCCCUCCCCCCUCGCGUUUCCACGCCACCCUUCUCUGGGCUGGAGGGAGAGCCCCGGAAACGGACGCCGACGCGCGGCAAGCGCCCCCCCCCUCGCCGCCUUCUGGAGUCUUCCGCGCCUUCCGUUACUACUCCGGGGCCAUCAUAAGGGGGCGAGGGCGAGAGGGGGCGCCCCGUCGAUCCCUAAAUCCCUUCCCCCCUUCCUCAUUCCUCACCGUGGGCGCGGCGGCGGCGCGCUUGCCGAAAGAUCCACUGAAGCGGGAUUGGACUCUGAGAGUCCCACCCACCGAGCUUAGCUUCCGGUCGGGGAUGGAGGUGCCCAAGUCGGUGGCGCUUGUGGCCGCCCUGGCGUUCGUGGUGCUGGGAGCGCUGGCCACCAGGUGGCUGCAGCGCAUGGAGGAGCGGAACGAGGAGGUGCGCCGCCUCGCGUUGCUCGCGGCGGCAGAAGUGGAGGCCAUCGAGAAGGAGGCGGCGGCCUACCACUACGGCCAGUACGGCGGGUUCGUGCGCGCCUCCGACUUGCCGGAGGUACCAUCGCUGUGGACGACGGCGCAGGAGGUGGCCGCUGCGCCGCUGUGGACAACGCAGGCGCAGGAGGUGGCCCCUGUGCUUGCGCCGAAGGAGGUGGAGGCUGAGGCGGCGGUGGCGGUCUCCGCUACGGCAGGGAAGCGCGUC